AUGAUUUCGACUUUAUCGUCUCCCUCAACGAUAAGAAAACCUAAACCUACUAAAAGUACUACUGCAUUAUCUUCAACAACAGUAGAUAAUACAGCAACUCCAAGUACUCCUUCAACAACAACUAAAGCUAUUGAUGGUGCUAGAUGGAAAAACGAAUUUAACACAGGAAUAUUGGCAUACAAAAAUGAUUCAUUGAAUAACCCAUUAUUUACGACAGAUCGCUAUAAUGAAACAGUUGAGUUAAUAAACAGUGCAAAAUUGAAACGUUAUAGUGAUAGAAAUGAACAAGAAAUAUCUCUAUUAAAAACAUAUGACGUUAUCAAUUCUGGUAUUCACCAGAAAUUAGUAAAAAAGAUUAACUUAUCAGAAGCUGGUACAGUUAAAUAUUAUGUUUUAUUUGAUGAACUAUUUGAUAUAAUACAAACUGUUCAUACUACGAUUGGCCAUCGUGGUAUUAAUAAUACAGUAAAAGAAAUAAAGAAAAUAUAUGCAAAUGUUACUGAAAAACAAGUGGUAUUAUUCAUUUCCGGUUGCUAUGAAUGCAAAAUAAAAAAAAGCAAACCUAAAAAUUCGUCGAAAUUAGUGGUGCAGCCUGUAAUAUCGAACGAUUUUAAUGCACGAGGUCAGGUUGAUUUGAUAGACAUGCAAUCCUGUCCUGAUGGUCCAUUCAAAUUUAUAUUAAAUUAUCAAGAUCAUUUUACGAAAUUUUGCAUUUUAAGAUCAUUAAAAACAAAAACAGCAGCAGAGGUUGCUUACCACCUAUUAGAUAUUUUUACAACGUUCGGCGCUCCGGCUAUUUUACAAUCAGAUAACGGCCGAGAAUUUGUGGCCAAAGUUAUUAAUGAAUUAGCAGAAAUGUGGACAGGACUUCGGAUCGUACAUGGAAGGCCACGCCAUCCGCAAUCACAAGGUUCGGUAGAGCGUUCUAAUCAAGAUACAAAACAAUUACUGGAAGCAAAAAUUGGUUUAGCAUCAACUUCAUUACACCCAUCAAUAUUCGAUAGUAUAACAACAGAAGAAGAAUUACAAAAUAAAUUAGGCUUACAAGCAGUUGAUACAAAUACAAUUGAUGAAGUUGAAUAUAAUCAUGGAGUAGAAGAACUCUUUGAAAAUGGACAUGAAGAAAUUAUAUGUAAUGAACAAGAUGAUCAACAUUUAGAUAAUGACAAUGAACAUGCUAUAAGUUCAUUUGAUGAUCGGUUUGAACGAUUAAAUAUAAAUCGUCGAAGUGCCAGAGAGGGGCAAAAGCACCAAGCUGCUGAAUUUUUACAAAAUACGCUUAAGAAACAAAAAUUAACAAACAUGGGCAUAGGCGAUAAUGUUUUAAUAUCAAUGCCAGAUGUUGAUCGUGGUCCAACAGAUGCAUGCAACAUAUUAGGUGUUAUAAUGGAGAUAAAAUAUGAUAAAUAUAAGUUGGGUACACAAAAUGGUGUUUUACAAGGUUAUUAUAGUUAUCAUCAAAUAUCUAAAGCUCCAGGUGUUCCAACAUUAUUAAUUCAAGAUAUCGAAGAUGAACCAAAAACAUUAAGAGAAAUAGCUAGACUUCAAAGUAUUACUGGUGGACAAGGAAUGUUAAAAUGCAAUUGCAAAGGUGGUUGUAAAACAAAUAAAUGCAAGUGUAAACAAGCAAAUUUAAUGUGUAAUUCACGAUGUCAUUACUCUGCAACUUGCUGUAAUAAAUAA